AUGAUGAAAACAUUUAUUGAAGAAUGGAAGAUGAACAUUAAAAAAUACCAACCAAUUAAACGAAAACCGAAUGAAUUUACCAUUAUAUCUCCAACUGUUAAGAAAGAAUUUCCAGAAAAAGAAUUAUUUUUAUUAAAAUAUUUAAAUAAAGAAAUGUUAACAAAAGAAGAUAUUAAUACACUUUGUUCAUUUUAUGGAUUUAAUAUACUUUCAAAAAAAGGAUUAUCAUUUAUUUAUUUAAUAAAUUAUACACCUUUUUCACCAAAUAAUAAUAUUAAACAAAUUCUUCUUUCAAAUACGAUUCAAACAAAUCAAGAUGUAUUAAAUAUUAUUAUUAAUUUAAGUGAAUAUAUUGAACAAGAUAUUAAAGUAUUUACAAUAUUCCAAAGAUGGAUAUUUGAUGUAUUUAAUGAAAAAAGAAUACUUUCAGGAGAAAUACUUCAUCAAUUAUUAAUGAUUUAUUAUAGUAAAUAUCCAUUAUUUAAUAAUUUUGAACAAUUUCUUCAAAUAAAAGGAUUUAAAAUGAAUAAAGAUCAAUGGGUAUGUUUAUGUAAUGCAGCUUCUUAUAUAUUAGAAUUUCAUGAAUAUUAUGAAAUAAAUACUUAUUGUUUGUUGUAUUUAUUCUCACAUUCAUUUCAUUUUAUUUAUUUCUUUUAG